AUUGAUCUCCAAACCCAAUUCAGAAGCAAAUUCCUUUUGCAAUCUCACCACCUGCCUCUAAAUCCACCAAACUAAAGUACAGUGCUUGAUCUAUAUAUAAUGAACCUUCCAAACAACCAACAACCACAGAAGAUAACCAAACAACAAAACUUGAAAUUUACCAGAAUUCGACUUAGAAGACAGCAGAAUUACCAGUCUCUCCCAGAUUCCAGAAGAAAAUGCUUCCAACUCUUGCACAAAUGGAGUGGGCAACAGAAUUGCCCUUCCACUGCAAAAGGGUAUUUCGAUCUUUCACCAGCAACGACACUGAAAAGCAAGACACAGAGGCAAUCUCUUGUCUUUCUCGACGCUUUGGAAGAAAGCACCGACCUUUCAGAUCUUCGACACCAACUGUUGAACCCAACGCUGGGGGUUCCAUCGAACCCAGGCCUGGCGCUGGGGUUCCACUGAACCCAGCGUUAGGGGUUCCACCGAACCCAGCACUUGGGUUCUCUGGAACUCAGGCGCGGGUUCCAUCGAACCCAACGCUUGGGUUGGAUGGAACCCCAGCGCUGGGGGUUCCACCGAACCCAGGCGCUGGGGUUCCAACGAACCCAGGCCUAGAAGCCAACGGUGCACGUGCUACACGUGACACUCCGGCGUUAAAUUUUGCCUCAUUUCCUCAAACUCGAAAAUAUGAAGGGUAAAAAUUCAUGUAUUGUAAUAUGAAGGGUAAAAAUCCUUAAAUUCAAAAAGUUAAGGGGCAAACGGGUACCUUUUGCCCAUUUCCCCUGGCAAAUAGAACCAUUGGUGCUUU